AUGUCUGGAAUGUUGACAUGUCAGUCGCCCGCCUUUUUGAGUGUUUUUGCCACCUUGCUCAAAGUGACAUUGUUGCAAGACAAACCGGUGGUUGACAACGCCAUUUUCCGACUGCAUUAUCGAUUCACGUGCGUCUUCUUCCUCGCUGCCAGCGUCCUGGUCACGGCCAUCGACUUGUUCGGCAAACCCAUCGAUUGCAUUGGCGACGUGUUUCCACAGAGGCGCGGUCUCAACACUUACUGCUGGAUCCAGCACACGUUCACCGUCCCAUUUGAGAGCCAUCAAAUUCAUCCGUGCGUCGGGCCGCCAUCGAGUGAGAAGCGCUACCACAGCUACUACCAAUGGGUGCCGUUCGUCUUGUUCUUCCAGGGCCUGCUUUUUUACCUACCGCACUGGAUCUGGAAGCAGCACGAGAGAACGGCAUCUUACCUCAACGAAACGAUGGGGACGCACGGCUACUUGGGCGUGGCCUACGUCACUUGCGAGCUCUUUAAUUUGGUCAACGCUAUCGGCAACAUCUACUUGAUCGACCUGUUCCUCGGUGGCUACUUCUUCGAUUACGGAUGGCAGAUUCUUCAACGCGUGCAGCGACACGACGCUCUCUGCAUCCUACCCGUCAACGUGCUCAACGAGAAGAUUUACAUUUUCGCUUGGUUCUGGCUGGUCUUCCUGGCCGUCGUUUCCCCUUUUCGCCCUGCUCUACCGCUUGCUUGUCAUGACGUCGCCCGCCGUCCGCCAUCUUGUUUUCAAACGAAUCGGUUCGACCACUAGCGAUCCGCAAUCGAUGGCCAUCCUGAGUCGACGGCUUGCCUAUCCCGAUUGUUAUUUGGUCUUCCUGCUGGGCAAGAAUUUGCAAGAUGUGGCGUAUCGUGAUUUGUUGGACGAUUUGGCCCAUCACCUCGAUCAUUCCCAUCUCAAUUGUUAAAUGUUUUAAGAGUUCUUAAAUCAAAUGCUUUCGACUACU